AUGGACCUCGAAAAAGAAUAUGACCAUGAGACGGUCGAAGAUGUCAAGUCUACAUCUUCAGUACCUGAAAUAGACCGGGCAGCUGAAAAGCGAUUGCUCUGGAAACUUGACAUCCAUGUCGUUCCUAUUCUGAUGUUUCUCUUCCUCCUCGCUUUCCUUGAUCGGAUCAAUAUCGGCAAUGCACGACUGCAAGGUCUAGAAAAGGAUCUAGGCAUGGCGGGUCAUGAUUAUAAUAUAGCGCUUUUUUUUUUUUUCAUUCCAUAUAUUCUAUUUGAGGUUCCUAGCAAUUUGGUGUUGAGAAAAGUGCCGCCGUCCUGGUGGUUAAGUGGAAUCAUGUUUCUGUGGGGAAUAAUUACAGUGUGUCAAGGAUUGACGAAAAGCUUUAGCGGGCUUGUUGCGUGUCGAUUCUUGCUGGGGGUAUUUGAGGCUGGGUUCAUGCCAGGUUGCAUUUACUUGAUCGCGAUGUAUUAUAAACGGCAUGAGUUGCAAUGGAGGUUGAAUGUUUUCUUCAGCGCCAGCAUUCUGGCCGGUGCUGUUAGCGGACUACUUGCCUAUGCUAUAGCCCAAAUGGAUGGCGUGGCAGGAUACAGUGGUUGGCGCUGGAUUUUCAUAAUUGAAGGCCUGGUGACAGUUGUCGCUGCCAUAAUCGCCAAGUUUCUGAUCGUCGACUGGCCUGAAAAGUCGACAUUCUUGAAUGAAGAAGAGCGCGUCUUGCUUAUUGAACGUUUGUCGGAAGACAGAGGAGAAGCACAGAUGAAUCGCUUUGACAGGCCGGCAAUAAAGCGCACAUUCACUGAUAUCAAGCUAUAUUUGGGUCCAAUUAUGUACUUCGGCAUAGUCAACACCGGCUACGCGACCUCAUUCUUUACGCCCACGAUUCUCAAGCAGCUAGGCUGGACAUCCGUCCGAGCCCAGGUUAUGAGCAUCCCCAUCUACCUCGUCGCAACAGCAAUUGCAUUAGCCACGGCCUUCGCGAGCGAUCGACUCCGCCACCGUUUUGCAUUCACCUUGACAGGAUGUGUCAUUGCUACAAUUGGCUACAUACUCCUGAUAUGUCAAAAUUCAGUGCCCGUGGGCGCCCGGUACUUCGCUCUAUACGCGAUCACGGGUGGAGGCUACAUGACACAACCAAUCUUGAUGGGUUGGUUGAGCAAUAAUAUGUCUGGUCACUAUAAGCAGUCUAUCGCGUCGGCUAUGCAGAUUGGUUUCGGCAAUUGUGGCGGUCUGGUGGCUAGUAAUGUUUUCUUUGACUCGGAAGCUCCGACCUAUGCAACGGGGUUUGGAGUGAGUCUUGGCAUGGUAUGGAUCUGUGGCAUGGCGUGUGUCGUGUUUUUCGUUUAUUUACACCAUGAGAAUAGGAUGCGUGAUCAGGGGAAGAGGGACCAUCGGUAUCAGUGGCCGAGAGAGGAGUUGGAGAACCUUGGGGAUGAUCAUCCUAGUUUCCGGUUUACAUAUUAG